GCAGCAGCAGCCGCCGCCAGGGAAGGACGCGUCCCGACAGACAGACAGCAGCAGCAGCAGCAGCAGCAGCAGCCCUCGCCUCAGAGAGCUUCCCUUCCGCUCUCCCAGUCAAGCUCUUCCAGCCAGGACCCCCAGAGAGAUGGAGCCCCGCGCCUUCGCCCUCGCCUUCUUCCUCCUCGCCCUCCUCGGACCGGUGGUGGGUGCCCAAGAGUGCAGUGGGCAGUGCCAGUGUCCUCCUUUGCCACCAGCGUGCCCACCAGGGGUGAGCCUGGUGCCAGAUGGCUGCGGGUGCUGCCGGGUCUGUGCCAAGCAACUGGGCGAACUGUGCACAGAGCGGGACCCCUGCGACCCCCACAAGGGACUCUUCUGUGACUUUGGCUCCCCGGCCAACCGUCAGAUUGGCGUCUGCACCGCAAAGGACGGUGCCCCCUGUGUGUUCGGAGGCAUGGUGUACCGGAGUGGCGAGUCCUUCCAGAGUAGCUGCAAAUACCAGUGCACUUGCCUGGAUGGGGCUGUGGGCUGCGUGCCUCUCUGCAGCAUGGACGUCCGCCUGCCCAGCCCCGACUGCCCUUACCCACGAAGGGUGAAGCUCCCAGGGAAAUGCUGUGAGGAAUGGGUGUGCGAUGAGCCCAAGGACAAAGAACAGACUGCAGUUGGACCUGCUCUUGCUGCUUACAGACUAGAAGAUACCUAUGGACCUGACCCCUCCAUGAUGCGGGCCAACUGUCUGGUUCAGACCACCGAAUGGAGUGCCUGCUCAAAGACUUGCGGGAUGGGCAUCUCCACCAGAGUCACCAAUGACAAUGCCCACUGCAGGCUGGAGAAGCAAAGCAGACUUUGCAUGGUCAGACCUUGUGAAGCUGACCUGGAGGAGAGCAUCAAGAAGGGCAAAAAGUGCAUUCGAACACCCAAGAUAUCCAAGCCAAUCAAAUUUGAACUGUCCGGCUGUACCAGCAUGAAGACAUAUCGAGCCAAGUUCUGUGGCGUCUGCACCGACGGGCGUUGCUGCACCCCCCACAGAACAGCCACCCUCCCUGUGGAGUUCAAGUGUCCCGACGGUGAGGUCAUGAAGAAGAGGAUGAUGUUUAUCAAGACCUGUGCAUGUCACUACAACUGCCCUGGGGACAAUGACAUCUUUGAAUCCGUGUACUACAGGAAGAUGUAUGGAGACAUGGCAUAAAAGCCCCCAGAGACUUUUAAACCUGACUGCCAACUUGAACUGAUAAUUGCAUCUCAUUUUGUAAGACAUGAUUCAAUAGCACAAGGUAUUUAAGUGUCUGUUUUAAAAACAAACUGUUCCAUGUGACUUCAGACAAAAUUGUCUUCUGACCCCAAACGCUGGUUUGAAGGGAAACAAAUUAUAAUAAGGUGGACAGUGAGGCACAACACCUAAGUUGAGCCUCAGAAUAGAUUAUAUGAAGAGUAGAGUAUAUAUGGGGAUUACUUAAGGGGACACAUGCAGUCUUGAGCAACAUUUUCACAGUGUGGUAGCGUGUGUUCCACUGAAUAGUGCAAUCAAAAAAGGACUCCUUAGCAAGGUUAUUGGCACUGAUUUUGGUGACAGUGACAGCUCUACUGGGAUUCUCAUCCAGGAAGAUGCUAAGGAAGUGCGUUCUGUUAGAAUGGCAGCAAUUCUCCUCUGACGUUCUGAUUCGAAUAGUUCAUUCAAAAAGAACUGGAAUUAGACUGGACAGCUUGUGGCAAUGGAACUGUCUGCCACAAGCAAGAUUUUUUUAAAAAAAAUUACUAUUGUAAUAUUACAGUAUUGUAAUAUUGUAAAUACUGUAUGUGUGUGUGUGUAUGUGCGUGUGUGUUUGUAUAUAUAUAUUGUACAGUUAUCUAAGUUAAUUUAAAAUUUUGUUUCCUUUUUUGCUAAUGCUUUGAUACAUCAGUGUUAGCCUCUUUUUUCUCUUCUCUCCCUCUCUCUCUCUUUUUACAAUGCAAGGCUUGCCUGAUCAAAAUGCAUUCAUUCAAAAUGUAAAAUAGAUUCUGUAAUGGCAGUUCUGAUCAGUCAGUAGAGAAACAGCAAACUGAACUGAUGUUUUGCUGGAGAUGUGCCAGUAUCCUCUCAAAGCAGUUCAUCAAAUUAAGGGCAAGGAAGCAGUGGAGAAGACCAACUUCUCUCUGCCCUAGUGAACGUGGCCUGAAGUAAAACGAGUGGCUUUUUCAUAGCUGACCAAUCUUUCCACCCAGGAACAAUUUGUUACCUGUUGAGAAGUGUGACCAAAAGUUACAUGUUUGCACCUUUCUAGUUGAAAAAUAAAAGUAUUUUAUUUUUUAUAUAAA